AUGGAUCUCGACGAGUUCUCCGAUGACGGGUUUGACGACAUUCCCGACAAUGCCCUCCAAGAACUCGAGGAUAAUGCAAUUCAACUCACACAGGCACAGGCUCAUUCGAGGCCGCUGACACAACAGCCACGAAUCGAAUCCCCCGAUAUCGUCUGGAUUGAAGAUGAUGAUCUCGAUACUACUGAAGUGACCAACGAUGCUGGUGUUCCUAUUGGGAGACCGGUCAUUGACAACAAUAUCCCACAAAACCAGUCAUCACAAGCUUAUUAUCUCGAUUCUCGACGCUCAAUUCCCCCUCCAAACCCACGAUGGAACCCCGUUGUCGAUCCUUCGAGCCGCCGCCCUAUGGGGCAUCCUCAGCAACAUCUCAAUGUUGGACCACCUCACCAGCCUAUGUAUACCUCUCAGCAGUUCCAAACCCAGAGUUCCAAUUUUGCUCGUGCUCAACCAAGCCAAUUCGCUCGACCUCCUCUUCCACAAAAUCGUCCCGCAGCCUCGCAGCAAUCCCAGAACCAGCCUGGCGAUGUCCUGUCAGCGCUCCAACAGCGGGUACGAGCUCUCGAAGAUCAGCUGAAAGCGGCUCUUGGAGAGGCAUCAAUUGUCCGUUCCAACUUCGUCAAAUCCAACGAGGAGCAUGCUGCAGAGGUUGCUCGCCUGAACAGGAUCAAUGCCGAGCAGCUUGCGAGACAAGAACAAAUCGCUGAGGCAGCUGUUGCUGCUGAACAGAAUGCCAACACAGAGCUACAAUUUCUACAACGUGAUAUGAGAGAGGUUAGCGACCGCGUACGCCGGAAAGAUCCUGUUGGAGGGGUUUCUGGAGGGCUCACAACCCCGAAGAAGGCUGUCAAGACUUGGGUAGCCGAUGGGUUCGAUGAAAUGGAUAUUGUUGUGAGCCCAAGCAAAGGCCAAGGACGAAGCAGAAAUCCAGGACCGAUCGCACUGCAUGUUGGCGAAAGAACGCCGAGCAAAGGCAAAAGGAAACGGCAAACCAUGGACAGUCCUAUUAUGCCAUUGGAAACUCAUACCGAUAGCUUCGCAAGUAGCAAUGGCAAACCAGAUGCCCCAGCGCAACAGGCGCCGAUUGUUGUUGCGCCAACCCCUGCUGUCCUUUUCGAGUUCCUGAAGCUCGUGCUUGAUCAUGGCACCCAGAAGCCCACCCUUGACAUAUUGUCUCGCUUCUCCUUCGCUGAUGAUCCAGAGACCUCGUUCUCCGCUAUUAUCUUCAAGAAGAUACCCUUGAUGGGCGAUCCCCAGCGGCCAAUGCAGCUGCUUGUGGAUUUUGCAAAUCUUAUGGUCGGCAUAUGGACACGCUGCCAAGCAGAUCAGCUUUGGGAGCCUAUCAAACAUUUGCUUGCGUUGAUAUCCUUUACUUUCUCACUGCACGCAUCAGAAGUUGCACCUUUUGUUGUCCCCAACUUGACGGCACCCGCUCAGGCAACAAUGUGCACCUUGGCCGAAUGGCAGAUCCGUAUACGAGAAGGCGAACAGCGUCUCAAGAAUGACCAUUUCCAGGCCAUGAAGCAGCACAUAAAAAUCGUUGAUAUCCUAUCGGUCUUCUAUACAAGCGCACUUGCUUGUUCAACGGCACUGGAUGAAGCAGAGGAUGAAGGCAAGCCUAAAGCGACAGUCUUCUGGAGCUGCAUAUCGCCUGACCUAGUCUACAAACUUUUAAGCCCGAAACAGGAACUUCCAGAUAUCUUGGGAAUGCUUGAGCUUUUGACCACAUCUUCACUCCCCGACUCAAUUGGUCCUAUUACCGAAGACAAAGAUUCUCCUGUGGCUAGUCAGGUCAUAAAUCUUGUUACAAACAAACUCACAGACUACCAUUUAUCGGUAACGACCCGCGAGCAGAAAUGCACUCUGCGCUUAGCUGCUUUACGAACUCUUAUAGCCUUUUCUCGCUAUCCUUUUGGUGCCAUGGAGCUUGCGUCCGAUAGUCUUGCACUCCCCCGCUUGGUGGCCUGCCUCAGCAUAGCCAUAGACGAAUUAUACGACCAACCUAUUCCGUCUAAUAUCCUACCACAGGUACACGACGUGAACAAGUCAGUGCUGGGGAUGGAAGAGGCUUCGUACUCGGCUAGUUUGUACCGAAUCAUUUCUCAAUGCGUUUUUUUGAUUCAUGCGUUAGUAAUAGGCCCUGAUACUGCCAAUGUUGCAGACAUUGGCCAAAAGCUAUCUAUGGCUCACGGUGGUAGUCAAAGGUAUUUACUUGCCCUGGGACGUCUCACCUUUGCUGAAGAAGACCUGGUAAUGGAAGCCGGUAUCGAUGGGGAAACGGUCGAAGCAGCUCACGAACUACUUGAACUGGCAGUGACACCAGAUGAGGGUGAAGUGAUUAGCGGAGCAUUCGGGGAUUAA